UCCCGGCAGCCCCCGCGCUGCACAGGCUGCAUGGCUGGUACAGCGAGAUGAUGGUGUCUCUGGUCUCUCGCAGCGGUUUUUGGUGCCGGUUGUUGGGAGUCAGUGGGCGGGCAGCCUGCAGACACGGGAGUACCGGGGCGGCCCACAAUAAGCCCCUCAAGCAGUGGACUCUAAUCGUCAACCCGCUCAGCAGCCUGAGGGUGAAGCUGCCGUGUGAUGUCCGGGUCCGACCGCAGGACCCCCUCACCUACCCGGACGGCGACCGAGUGUUUGUACUGGUGAGAGGGGUGGACCGCAAUGUACACCGGGGGCUGGACCUGGACAACAUCGAUGUCCGCUAUGAUGAGGAGGCCAAGCAGGUCCAGAUCACCUCCCAGGACAUCGACAGCAGGAGCUGUGUGGAGGUCACCACCCCGCUCCGCUUCGAUGUGAACAUCAAAACUUUGGGAUCGGGUUGUGUGAACGUUAAACAAAUUGAGUGCGACAACUGCCAAAUAGAAACUGAGAAGGGUAACAGUGUCCUACAAUCUGUCAAGGGGCACAAUGUUCACAUCCGUACAAAAGGGGGCAAAGUGGUGUGCUUGGGCACAGUCCAUGGCAAUGUGGAUAUCCGUGCUUUGGAUCACAGUACGGUUGAUAUUGAGAAACUGUUAGGUACAUCCAUUAAUAUUUGCACAGAAAAUGGUCAGCUGAAAGCCAAAUACCUGUAUGCAGAAUCUUCAUCCAUGUCUUCAGCUGCUGGAGAUAUAAUAGUAGGAAGUUCCCAUGGCGAUACAAAACUUCAUACAGAACGAGGAAAUAUCACAGUAGAUUCCUCAGAUGGAUGUUUAAUGGCCUCUACAACACAUGGAACAAUAGAUGUAUAUGUCAGUCAAGCUGGUAAAGUGCAUCUGAAAUCUGACAAAGGAAGUAUUAUGUUGAAAAUACCUGCAGACCUUGAGGCGUACCUACAGCUAGUAGGAGCUAGAGUGAGUGUUAGCCCUGAGGUUAAAUUACAGGAAAUCGUGAACACUUCCACAGAGGGCCUAACCAUUUUAAAAGCAACAAUGAAUUUGAUGAAUGAGACACAAAGAUGGAUUGAAGCAGAGGCCAGGAAAGGCACCGUGUACUUGAAGCUCCAGGACUGGCUGCAAUCACUAAAACUUCAUACAUCCUGAGAUUCCUAGAAAACACUGAACCUUACCGGAGUGUGACUGGAUCAGUUGGCUUACAUAGCAACUAAAUUAAAUGUAAAAUGAUGAACAAGAAUUUUUAAAUUGUGGGUUUUCCUCACCAUUUGUAUAUACAGUAGGAAAGGUGGGUAUUGUAAUUUAACUUGUAUGAUUGUUAAUAUAACAGAAAAAUGGCAAAUGCAGGAGAACACGUGUGUGCCGGUUAUAGUAUGUUUUUGUAUGGAUGAGGAAUUAUCAUAUUUACGUGCCUGUGAUCACAUGUCUGUGAUUUUACAUUAAACUGGAGUGUGUGUUUAAAGGCACCGGAAAUCCUGGGAGGUUAUCCCAAAAUCAUAAUGCAACUUUAAGAAGACAUUGUCUGAUGCACUGUGCCUUGCAAGAGCUGUAUAGACACGUCUGGUCUUCCUUGUAGAGCUCGGGGGGUGACAUGCGUUAUGCUAGGAAUGCCUUCAUUCUAUGGCAAUCCCGGAGACCCAAAUGUUAUAGGAAGGAGGUCGGCAUUGACAUGCAUCCAAGCUGAAGAGACUAACAAUGCUGUGGUUUUAAUGGUAGUGUCUAUUCACAGAUUGUGAAAAUGGUUUAUACCUGUGCCUUGUCUAGUGUUUAAUACCACUUGUAAUACUUUGUGUUGUCAGCAAAACUAACUCUUUGUUGUGAAGAGAAGUCUGUACAAAAUCCGUUCUUGAGAGCCUUUAUACCAGCCAGGAUUUUGGAAUAGGCCCAAUAUUUUGUUACUAAGAUGGUUGCUGGCCAUAAGUACAGACUUGUGUCCCUCCCAUACGGAGGUGGGCAGCACUGGGCUCGAUAAUACACGGUUAGUAUUUCUAAUGCUGAUAUUACACAUCUCUGUUUUAUCCUGUGGGAUGCCCGUAUUUUGUUUUUAUAAGCAUUUUUCUAAUUUUACACUGUCUUUUUAUUAGAAUGUGCAUACUGUCUAUCAGAGUAACGGUUAACCUUUCUGUAACCAAGUUUGUUCCAGCUUAUGCCCAUGUAAGAAAUAAGCCUUGCAUUAGACAAUCCACUUUACAAUAAAAAUGGAAUUAGAGUUUU